AGGUAGCUGUUGUUAACCGGUUGUUGUUGUUGUUGUUUUUCGGGGAAAAGAAGCUCCACAGGUAGUCUACACCUGCUAAACAAGCCCGAAAAUAUCAAACGAUGGACAUGACGACGAGUUUGAAGUCUUUGUUGCUGGCUAUCCAGAAGUACAGAGACGGCAGGACGGCUCCAAACGCAGCGCAGCUCCAGAAACAAGUGGAGGAGGUGUCGGGCCUUAAAUGUGACCAGCUGCUGUCUUCAGGUCAGGUCCUGCCCCGGGAGUGUGUGACUGGGCUGGUGGAGUUGGCUGGAAACCCCAACACCAGCCCGACCCUGACGAGCUCCAUCAUCUCCCUUCUUGCAAAACUAGCCUGUGACGAUGACAGUCAGGAGACUCUUCACAGCAGCUACAACCUCACCAGCACCCUGGCGUCUGUCAUCCACUGCCACAGCGCCACACCUGGAGCGCCCCUGGUACUGCAGUGUUUGCAGGUGCUGCAGAAACUGACGUACAACACUCGCGUCUUCCAGUCGACAAACUACAUCCACGAGCUCAUCGCUUUUCUCAUGACCAACAUCCAGUCUCACAAUGACGACCUGGUCAUGCCGUGCCUCGGCCUCAUGGCCAACCUGUGUCGAGACAACCACUCCGUGCAGAGCCACAUCAAGUCUCUGGACAGGGUGAAGUCUUUCUACCGAACUCUGAUCAACUUUCUGGCUCACAACAGUCUGACUGUGGUGGUUUUCACGCUGUCCAUCCUGGCCAGCCUCACACUGAAUGAGAAGGUUGGAGAGAAGCUUUUUGAUGCAAAAAACAUCCACCAGACUUUCCAGCUCGUGUUCAACAUCAUCGUGAAUGGCGACGGGACGCUGACACGAAAAUACACUGUUGACCUUUUGGUUGACUUGUUGAAGAACCCCAAGAUAGCAGAUUACCUCACCAGGUAUGAGCAUUUCUCAGCAUGUGUGUCUCAAGUUUUAGGGCUGCUGCGAUCAAAAGACCCCGACUCUGCAGCAAAGGUGUUGGAGCUUCUCCUGGCGAUGUGCAGCGUCUCAGGGCUGCGUUCGCUGCUGUGUCAGGUGGUCUUCAGUCCAGCGGGACCCAAACUGAGAGCAGCAGGCCGGAGGCACGGCGCCGGGCUGGACGGACGCAAAGCAGAGCCGGGGCUCGCCCUGGUUCAGUGGCUGAGCUCGCCUGUGGAGGGCGCCGAGUCCUGCUCACUCCAGGCCCUGCAGCUGCUGAAUGAGCUGCUGGAGGAGGCGUUGGGAGCAGAGAGCGUGUCUGAAUCUGUCCUGAGCUUCGUAGAAAUGUUGCUUCCCGUUGUUUUGGGGUUACUGAAGGGCCUCGAUCCUGCUCAGGGAGACGCUCACCUGAGGAAACACUGCCACCGCAUCACACACGUCACCAGCCUGCUGCUCAUCCUGUGUACCGAGGACUCGGCCAGGUCUCUGGUGUCCCGGCAGGUGAGCGCUCCGCUCUGCCUCUCGCAGGUUGAAUCUCUCCUCUCGUCUUGUCACAACAUCAGCCCCCUCAGCUGCCACCCGCCAGGCUGCGACGACGACCUCAGUCAGGUGUGUGCAGACGCUCUGCUGAAGACUCUGGAGUUGAUGAGUAAACUGAGACAGCAGGUGAAGGACAUGGAGACGAGCUUCUACAGGAUGUUACAGGACCAGAGGAUAGUGACGCCGCUCUCUCUGGCCCUGACGUCCCACCACAGAGAGCGCGUGCAGACUGGACUCUCUCUGCUGUUUGAGGCCACUCCUCUCCCAGACUUCCCCUCUCUGGUUCUGGGUGAGAGUAUGGCCGCCAACAACGCCUACCGCCAGAGAGAGGCUGAGCUGUCCGUCAAACGUGUCGCCGUGCAGGAAGUCCCGCCUUCCAGCAUCCUGGACUCUUCCAGCCGGAGCGUUCACAAUCUGGUGGAGAAGAUACAGAACGGCUUGGAGCUGCAGGAGCAGGUUAAAGACUCCCACGUGUCCGAGAUCAUCGAUGUUUAUGAACAGAAGCUCUCAGCGUUUGCAUCGAAGGAGAGUCGUCUGGAGGACUUGUUGGAGGCGAAGGCUCUCGCUCUUUCUCAGGCCGACCGUCUCAUCGCUCAGUAUCGCUUCCAACGAGCUCAAGCAGAGGCAGAGGCCUGUAAGCUGGGCAGCCUGCUGAAGGAGGCAGAGCGCCGGCGUGAGGAGCUGCAGAGCGAGCUGAGCAGCCAGGUGCUGGAGGUGGAGCGCUCCAAGGCCGACAUGGAGGAGCUGCUGCAGCACAACGCCCGGCUGCAGCAGGACUCUGAGGAGCACCAGGCGCUCAAAGGAGCCUACAACAGCCUGCUCAACAGGUUCAAUGAGAGCGAGCGGUUGCUGAAGGAGCUGCAGGCGGCUCACACCUCGCUCACCAAACAGAUCGACUCUCUGAGGAAGAACCACGAGGCUCUGCAGCUGCAGCACGAAAAGAUGGCGUCGGUGCUGGAGGAGAGAGACGAGGAGAUCAGAUCCCUCCAUUCAGACGUCCAGCAGAAAAACAGCGACAUCGCAGGUCUUCGUGGUGAGCUGCAGGCCGAGGAGGAGAAAGUGCAGGAGAAGGAUCAGGAGAAGAGAGAUCUGGAGGAGACGGUGGAUGUUUUGAGGAAGGAGCUGAACAAGACGGAGCAGGCCAGGAAGGACGCCAGCAUCAAGGCGUCGUCUCUGGAGCUGCAGAAGAGCACGCUGGAGACGAAGCUGAAGCAGAAGGAGGACGAGCUGAGCAAACACUCGUCCAUGAUCGCCAUGAUCCACAGCCUGAGCAGCGGCAAGAUGAAGAACGACGUCAACCUGUCGCUGUGACGACGAUAAGAUGAGGGACGGGAGAAUGAUAGGUUUUUAAAACACUCUAUGAACUCUGAUUUUUAAACCUACUGGCUUUUUUAAACCUAAUUAAACUUAAUGAAUUAUACUAAACUAUUAUUUUUAAAGCUGUUUUCAAAUCUUUGUAUGUAUUUUUAUUGUUGAAUAAAUGAUUAAUCUGUCGUACUGGAUUCGUAAAUCCAGAUAAAAA